CAGUACCAGGGGAUAGGCCUACUAGGCAGGAUGAGUUCUAGGGGGACCAGGCCCUCUUCCCCCCCCAGCCCACCGGAGCGGCCAGCGUCGCGGGACUCCCAGGACUCCAUGGAGGACUACUGGAGCGAAGUGAAGAACAUCGAGGAAGAUGGCCAGCGGGGCCACGAGGACUUGCUGGAGAGGGGCAGUAUGGACGAGGCGGAGCUUGAGGAGGCGUGGCUGCAGGAUGCGGGUCUGUCCACGCUGGUGUCGGGGGCGUUGGGGGAGGGGCCUGCGGAGGCGCUGCUCUCCACACUGUCGCGCUCGCAGGCAGCCAUGGUGAAGAAGCGUGUGGAUAAUUACACCCUGACCGUGAGGAGGAGGAGCAAGCAGCCGACCAGACACGUCCGAGACGUCUUCUCCACGCCAGACACAUCGCCAGUUGAUCCCAUACCCCCUGUCCCCCCCAAGUCACCCAAUGGAGACAUGCCUUCCAGAUGCGUCCACCGGACGUCUAGAGUGCGGCCCGCGUGUCCCAGCUUCUCCCAGAGCACAGAGAGACGUGUUUCAGAGUGCCCUCCCUGCCCACCACCUCAGGACACCUCUGACUCCCUGUCUUUCGAGGUGCCCUACUCCGAGGGCAUCACUGCCCACCGCAGAGGCCGCCAGGGGGACUGCAAGGACUGCCAACGCAUCCGCAGAGAUGACCAUGACCUGCCAACAUUUCAGCUGCCCAGGCCUAAACUGGGCCUCACCCGCAUCCAGGACCUGUCUUGUGAGGACAUGAAGAAGAUCGGCUACAUCUCUUUGAUUGAACUGACCACCUUCUACGACGGCCUGGGCAUCGAGCUCAAGCGCAACCGCGCGGCACGUAGCAAGGCCAGAGAAAGUGGUAUAUUUGGAGUUCCCCUGACCACUCUACUGGAGAAUGACCAGAAGAAGUUCCCUGGGUCCAAGGUUCCUCUUGUGUUCAGAAAGCUCUUGUCCAAGCUGGAGCAGACAGGACUACAGACUGAGGGGAUUCUCAGAGUACCAGGGUCUGCCUCCAGAGUAAAGCAUCUGCGCCAGGAGCUGGAACAGAAGCUCUAUGAGGACCGGUUUGACUGGGAGCAGGUGAGGCACAAUGAUGCAGCGGGUCUGCUGAAGAUGUUCAUCAGAGAGCUGCCUUAUCCUCUGCUCACGCUCCAGCACGCUCCUGCCUUCGCCGCCGCACAGAAUAUCUCCUCUCCCAGACAGCAGAUCCAGGCCCUGCACCUCCUCAUCAUGCUGCUCCCUGAGCCCAACAGAGACACACUCAAGGCCCUUCUGGAGUUCCUGAGGAAGGUGGUAGCCUAUGAGGAGAAGAACAGGAUGGGUCUGUGGAACGUGUCCAUGAUCGUGGCUCCCAACCUCUUCACCUACCGGGGCAAGAAUGCCAAACAGGAGGAGAUACAGGGCGCAGCAGGGGCAGCCCACCUCGUACGGCUACUCAUCACACACCAGGACCUGCUCUGGACCGUGCCCUGCUUUCUCAUCUCCCACGUGAGGAAGUUAAACGAGGCUGGUGCCAGCAAGAAGCCGCCCAGCUCAGAGAAGACGAAGAGGAAGCUGCUGCUGAUGAGGAGGAAGACCAUUGAACGAGAGAAGACUGAGAGGAGCGAGCUCACUGACCUCCGACAAGGGGUCAUCAGGGUUCACGCCCCACUACACGCCAAGAUCUCCAUGGCGAUCCAGCUGGACAACGAGACCAAGGCCAAAGACGUUAUGGCGCGCUUCGACUAUGAGAACGGUCGUGGCACCAGAAGCACUAGCCGGAGGCCACAUCAGUAUCUGUUUGAGGUCGGAGGAAACAUAGGUGAACGCAGCUUGGACCCUGAGACUCACCUUUUAGACGUGUACCACGUGAAUCCCCACUGCGAAUGGGUCUUAAAACCCACAACCACAUGAGAACUGAGGAUUCACUCACUCAACACAGAGCACAAGCUUACUGAACCACUGCUCUCUUGAGGUCGUCCUGGUGAACUGACCAUGCAUGGAGGCCUGGUUGAACUGCGGUGUCAUCCUCAACUACAGACCACUAAAAAGAGAGACAGCGCUUAAAAAGGAACUAUGGAGAGGUACAUUCUCCUGCUGAAGGAAAGAAGUUCCUGUUUUGUGGGAUUAAACCUUUUUAACAAAUUACAAAAAAAAAGGGCGGAACCACUGUUCUCUGCAAAUAUGGGUUCUGUAUGGAAGUAUUUGGAGGAGGGACAGCUUUGUGAACACGUGCCACACACGUGACCAACAACAUACAAUUUCUGGACAUUCUAAUUGUUUGAUGCCAAAUGUGUCCGCAGCAUGGUUCACCCACUACAGAGGCCAUGGACACAGUAACAGACAAGGAUGGGUCUGAUAAUCAAAUAAUGUUUACCACUUCAUGCAAGACCCAGUUAACAUAUAUUUGCUAUAUUUAUACCACUAAUUGAUCCUGCUUUUAGUAUUGUCACACAUACUACAGGUAAAUUUUGUGUCAUUUGUAAUUGCAGCAUGUUGAUUGCAAAACCAUUGGGAGUGAGGAGAUUCAGAACGAGUGCAUGAUGGGAAGGAACAAGCGGAGAUGGGAUGAUCUGACACUGAAUACAGACAUUGUUUCCAUCUCCAAUGUUGAAACAACUUCCUUUUCAUGGUCUCCUGUCCUCUGCUGACCAGUGAUCUGGUGUAGUACUGAUCAGAACUAGGCAGGUGAUAACAAUUUAGUGAACGCCUAUCCAGUCCCUUCACCUGUCAGUGGUCAUGAAGGAAAGGUGAUGAGGAGAGGAAGCUGUGUCAGAGUAUUGAAACACAGCCCCACAUCAGAAACGUUGAACAAGGAUUCCAACCAUUGUCAAACCCGCUUUCUCUGCUUUCUGGGUUUGCAUGUUGAACACUUAAACCUCUCCCUCCUAAUACAUCUCCUCACCCCAAUGGACUGUAAAUGUGGAAACCAUGUACACACUACAGUAUGACUUAACACUCAACAAUCCUGUGUGUCUGGUCUACAUAAGGGACUUGCAUUACUAAUGACCUGAACUGCAUGCCUGGAGAGUGUUUACAAUACAUCCUCUAAUGAAGAAGAGGAGAAAAGGCCAUUAAAAAAGGAGCUUCAUAGCAGUUUGCCUGACAUUUACGUCAUUUAGCAGACGCUCUUAUCCAGAGCGACUUACAAAUUGGAAAGUUCAUACAUAUUCAUCCUGGUCCCCCCGUGGGGAAUGAACCCACAACCCUGGCGUUGCAAGCGCCAUGCUCUACCAACUGAGCCACACGGGACCUUAUAUGACAUGCUUCCAAACUGAUUUUACUACGUUUCACUUCAAACCACAGUGUUCAGUCUGUUUUAACCAGGCUAGUCUUAGCCUGCGUACAGUGUUUGAACUUGUGAAUGUUUACUUUCAGGGCAUGUAUGUAUGUAUUAGCCCAACCAACCUCUCUCCACUUUGUUCUGGGUCAUUCCACCAACUUUGUGCCUUUUGUGAAGUGUAACUUAGUCAAAAAUAUUGAUUUCACCUCAUUUUAACAUUCUGUCAUAAAGAGCACAUGUUAAACUUAAUUUAAAAAACUGUUUUCUCAUCAAGGUCAAAUUUAAAAUAAAUAAGUUCCUAUUAAGUGCCAAAUAAAGUAACAUGGCUGACUGUAACAGGGUUGAUGAUGUAAUCUAAAAACAGCAAUAAAUCCCCUUGUAACUGGGGGAAUAGAAGUGUGUUUGUGAGAAAUUUGAAAGUAAGCUUCAAAAUGUUUUUUUUUAUUGUUAAAACAAUUACGUUAUGUUCGACCCCCGCUCACUUUUCCACCACAACAUAGUAAAAAAAAGAGUAGAACCAGCUCUCCUGCUUUUACACCAUGGGUUUGACUAGGAAAUGUUCAAUGUUUCUUCUGAAAAAUACAUUUAAAACGGAAUAGUUUCGCCACGUUAAAACGAGUUCAGGUCACGUAACAGGGCUGACCUUUAAAAUGAGGGACAGACGUAAAUGAAUCACUCAUCACAUUAAAUAAAUCUUCAGAAAUGACUUUGUCAGAGAUCAAUAAUAACUAGGGCUUUACAAUGAUGGUGAAAACAUGGUGAGACAUUUUGGGUUUAAAGUCUUUCUAGAGGUCAGAGUGCACAGAGGGACAAGUCAAAAUGCAGAAUUCUGACACUAUUAAAAUAUUUAUUGGAUUCUCCAUGUGGUCUAUAUUAAAGGGCACUUCAUUUAAUAUAACAGGCUUUUAAAAUGCCUUAUUGAUGUAUGAUUUCUACUUCGCAUAUUAAAGGCACUCUUUGUGGAACGACCAGUAGUGUUAGCCUAGCCUGGCUUCCAAACUGGUUUCACUUCAAGCCAUAGUAAGUUCAGUGUUCAGUCUGGUCUAACCAGGCUAAUCUUAGCCUGCUUGCAGCAUUUGAACUUGUGAAUAAUGUUUACUUGCAGGUCAUGUACUGUAUGUAUUAGUCCAACCAACCUCUCUCUACUUCUACUAUGCUGUGGUGUUACUGUAGUUCAGUGUUUGCCUGUGCCAUGAUUGUCAGCCUUUUGUUGUUACAUAAGUAUUCUGUGGUCCCAAAUGAACCUGUAGAAAAUGCAUUGAAAAGAUCGUAAUGUUCAACAUGACUUUGCUCAGGAUUAUUUAAUUUAUCCUUCCAAAGCCAUUGUGUAAAAAAUAAUUCUGUGAAAGAUUAAUUUGUACCAUAGACUUACUACAAUAUGUGUGUAUUGUCUGUAUAUAGAAUACUGAAUUUUGCACGUUUUUAUUUUAUUUUAUUUGCUUUCUUUUAUUAUUUGACCACUGCCGACAGUUUUGGCCAAGUGGCACAAUGUAUCACUGACACAGUAACAAUUGAAUAUACCGUAAAGUAAAACAUUUCCUUCUCACCUCAGAAUCAUA